AUGCGAGCAGAGAAGGCUAUAUUUUUUCGAGCACGUCUGAUUGAAACUAUUUUAAACAAUGUCACGGCACAUGGAGCUAAUUUUUCGAGAUCUUCAGUGUAUCGCGCAGAACUGUUGGGUGCGACUUUGACCAUGGCUUCCUUCGUUCAAGCAGAUCUUACCAAUGCAAAACUUUCUGAUGCAAAUUUUUUUGGAGCAAAUUUCUCAUUGGCUGAUUUGAGAAAUACUCAAAUCAGCCCAAUUCUUAUUGGUCCUAUGGCCUUUAUACGUGGUGCUCGACUAUCAAUGACAUCUUAUCUUGAAAAUCUCAAUAUUAUUUCCAAUGGAAACGUCGAUUGUCAGACAUCUCUUGAACGACACUGGAUAGUCGAAAAUGGCAGCGUUUUCGUCUUCAAUAAUGGUACUAAUUGUAUUUUUGCCACAAAUUCGACAUUUGGUGCUUACCUCGUGCAAAGAUUUAAUUUCGCUAGCAGUAAAGGCAGUAAAUUCUCUCAUUUAUUCUCCGAAAGACGAGCUGCACUUAUGCUAACCGCUCGCUAUGGAAAUACAACGUCAAUUGGACUUCAAUGGGGUAAUCAAAUCAAUGCAGCAAAACGUAUACUGAAUUCAUCGAUCGGCUCGCUUCGUUGGCAAGAUGCAAGUUUGUCCUCAUAUCUAGUUACUGUUUGGGUUCAAUUUGCUCCAACAAGCACUAUUGAAUCUAAUUGGUGUGAUGAUAUUUACUUUGACAUUGAUGAUGCAUACGCAUCUUAA